ACCAUAUAUAUAUAUAUUCUCGUCUCCUCUCUUCUCCCUCUCUAUGCAAACAAACACACUUCGAUUUUUCACCUUCCCUCUCCUCUCUGUCCAUCUCCUCCUUCCUUCUAACCUCGUGAUUGUGAUUUCACGCCUAUGAGAGUUCAACUCUCUUGAACCAGGCUUCGUCUUUCACGUGGGUUCUUGACGUUUUUCGAGCUCUUCAAUGGAGAUGGAAUCAGCUGAGUCGGAUCUUGUGGGUAAUUCCUCCAAAGAAACACCUAUCGAAGAUCUGAUUAAUUCAGAUACUCCUACAAGCAAUGUUUUUGGAGAUCAACAUAUAAUUCCCCGAGUUGGUGGCAAGUAUCAGGUUGAAAUUCCUUUUAUGACGGUGGAGACAAUGGAAUCUGAGCGGCUUAAGCUUUUGACUAAUCCCGCUGAUACAGAAAUUGCCAAUGAUUCCCAUUCCUUUCUUAUGGGAUUACCCAUCCCAAUUGCGUGGGUCAAAGGAGUGAAUAACAUUGAAGCUGAAGGGUUGGACUCUCCAACUAACCCUGAUGAUACACUUGAUGUAAAGAAGUCUCUGGAAGCUAGAAAGAAAAAAAAGAUUCAUAAGAGAUCAAGGAAGAAAAGUUCAGAGCUCAAUGCUGAUCCCUUGGAUUAUGGGUUGGGUCAGGGAGAAGAUUCAAGACCAGCAAGUUUAAGAACAUUGUUGCAGAAAGAAAGGCAUUUACAUCAGCUGCUUAGAAGCAAAAGCUGUUCUCUAGUUCCUGAUUCAUCUAGGGAACCCUGGAGUGAUGCUGAAGCUGAUAGUUUUCUUCUUGGCUUAUACAUUUUUGGGAAGAAUUUCAUUCAGGUGAAGAGAUUCAUGGAGCACAAGACCACAGGAGAAAUAAUGUCGUUUUACUAUGGAAUAUUUUAUAGGUCUGAAGAAUACUACAGAUGGUCAGAUUGUCAGAAAGGUAGAAAAAGGAAAUGCAUUAUUGGCGAGAAAAUUUUUACGGGGUGGAGGCAACAAGAAUUGUUUUCUCGUAUGAUUCCUCAUGUCCAAGAGGAAUCACGAAUCACUUUGUUGGAGGGCUAUAGGUCGUUCGCAGAAGGAAGAACUUCGCUAGAAGAAUAUGUCUCCUCUUUAAAAUCUACAGUUGGCAUUCAUGUACUUGUGGAAGCUGUGGGAAUUGGGAAAGGGGAAGAAGACCUCACAGGCUUUGCCAUAGAGCCUGGAAAGAAUAAUCAAGAGACUCCUAUUUCUCCAGCUUCAAGAGUACCAAAUGGUAAAGCUUUUGCUUCUCUUACAUUUACUGAAAUAGUGAAGCUUUUGACUGGAGGAGUUCGGUUGAGCAAAGCUCGAUGUAACGACAUUUUUUGGGAGGCUGUGUGGCCCCGUUUGCUGGCAAAUGGAUGGCACUCUGAGCAACCCAAGGACCGAGGUUAUGUCAGUUCCGAACAUUAUUUGGUUUUUCUUAUGCCUGGGAUAAAGAAGUACUCAAGAAGAAAAUUGACAAAGGGAGAUCACUAUCUGGAUUCUGUGAGUGAUGUUUUGAACAAAGUGGCAUCUGAACCAAAACUCAUCCAGCUUGAAGCUGAAGAAGAUCCUGUUGGGAAUGAAGAAGGUGGGUGGGCUCCAGAGGCGACAUCAGACCAGGAAGAUCUAUCUUAUCUUCAGCGUCCUUGCUACCUCAAACCCCGAGUCUCUACAAGCAAUCCAAACCAUAUGAAGUUUACUGUUGUUGAUACCAGUUUGGUCCAUGGAGGAAAAUCACGUGGCAUAGUGGAACUGAGAUACUUACCAGUUGAAGUGAAGACUAAUUCAGUACAAUCCGAUUCCUCAAUGGACAGUGAAGAAGAAUCGUCUGAGUAUAAACUGAAGGAGUACCAGAAUAAUAUUACUCAAAGAGGUGAAAUGGCAUUGAAAAAAAAGAAUAAAGUCAAGGAUGGUGGUGGUGGCAGUGAUCUGAAGAGGUUCACCGUUGUUGAUACCAGUCUAGUCUUUGGAGGAAAAUCAUCAACAGUGAGAGAGAUAAGAUGCUUGCCAGCUGUAGAUAAAUGUGUACUCAAGUCGAAACGUACUUCCUGGGAAACUGAAGCAAUUUCCUCUGAGGAUCUACUGCAAAAGGGUAAUGCUGAUGCUAUAGAUAGUUCACUGAACGGUGAAUUGAAUAACUUCAAUAACAACUUCCAUGAGGAUACAUCUGCUACUACAGAAAAAGUGGAGAGCCACCAGGAUCAGAAAACCAGCAUGUCUGAUGACAAGCAGCCAAAGGAGAGUACAUUGAGCAAAUUCAGUAGGAGAGCUAAAUCUAGCCAUUUGGAUUCCAUAGGCCCUCUUAUCAAACGGCGAAAAUUAACUGCUUGUGUUAAGGCAGAGACAAGUUGCCUCAUUGAAAACUGUUCGCAAGGGUUGGAGUCGGAACAAGUGGGACUCCAUGGAACAGUGACCGAACUAAAUUCAGGAACGCUUGUUGUUGCUCUAGUGGGUCCUAAACAAAAGGAAUCAUCAAGUACUUCUGAGGCUGAAGGUAGUCUAGAAGAGGAGAGCAGUUUGGAAACUCGCAGUGGAGAUUGUUUUGGCGUGCACACUUCUCAAGCCCACACAUCAUCUAACCUGAGCCAACCUCAGGAUUUGGUGGAUAGAACAGAUGGUGAUACAUGUGUUGAGUUCAGCCAUGAGACAAAUGCAGAUAGUUCAGGCCUUUCAUCUAGUGGAACAAAGCCUGUUGAUGAUUCUCGGAGAACCUCUAACAUGAGUUCUAGGAGGCAAAGCACCAGGAACCGACCGCUAACCACUAAAGCAAUGGAAGCUCUUGCAAAUGGGUACUUAAGUAUUAAAACUAGACAAAAGAAAGAUGUUGGUAUGAGAGAAAGCUCAUUGUCACGACCCUCUCGCAAGUCCCACAAGGUCCGCAGCAGAGUCGAAGCAACUUCAAGCCCUCCUGAUACUGACGGUGGAAUUGUGACUUCAAAGGAAGAAAUGGAAAUCAAUGAAGCUUGCAAUGCUAACAAAGAUACAGUCAGGAAACCUCUUGAUCAAAUGGCAGAUAAGUGGCUCACUAGCUACUAGCGGAUCUUUGAAGACUUGUUUCAUCUUGAAGUUUCCUGGUGAGAUUCUACUCUUUCCGUUCGACUUGAAAAGUGGAACUCGAAGCUGCCAAAGCAGUAACUGCAAGUCUUCCAGAUCGCAUUAAGGUGUAGAUGUUCAUGUUAGGAUUGUCAAAAGUAGUUCAAUGAUAGAGGGAAUACCGAGAAGAAGCACCUGUUUUAGUUAUCUAGCAAGUUUAAUAGUUUAUAUAAGUAAUAUUGUCUCAUAUAACUACAGUACAGCCUCUUCUUAUUUCUUAAGACUUCAUCAUCUUUGUAGUGGAUCAUAUAUUGGUUUUAUGGUAUACUAUCAUCCAUUGCUUC